AGCCGCGCCCAGCGCCACGUGCGCCCUGCUCGUGCUGCGCCUGGACCAGAACCUCCCGUGGCCUGCCUACGAGGGCAGCGAGGCGUUGGUGGAGCAGUUUGCAGGACACCUCGGCGGUUGGGCACAAGAUCACGGGAUAUACGCUGUCUCAAAUUUGA